UACGUUUCAAAAUUGUGAACAAUUCACAAUAACCAUAUAUCUUUAUGACAGUGGAUACUUUAAAUCCACAAAAAUCUCGCUUGACAAAUUAUGAAAUCAGUAAUUCGCAACAGUUUAAAUGAACCGGAGAGUAAAUUCAAUUAAUAUUAAUAACAAAAUCAUUCAUCAUAACCAACGCUGGGCAUUGAUAAAUAAUACAAUAAUCAUAAUCUGUUCUUGACAGUUCUUGUUUUAGUGUAAAUAAGCAAUAUGACCCUUAUCAGUUUGAUCAAAUUACAUAAGAAAUCAUGUAUAAUAACAGCAAUAUUAGCGUUAGCUGUGGUGGUGAUUGUUGCAGUUGCUCUAGCUGUGGUGUUGCCAAGAAGUGAAUCAGCGAACAAAGGAGUAGUCGUAUCGAAUGGAUAUUGUUGUUCAUCUAUAGGAGUAGACAUAAUGAAGAAAGGAGGCAACGCAGUAGAUGCAGCUAUAGCCACCCUCUUUUGCGAAGGGGUGACUUUACCGCAGUCGAUGGGACUGGGUGGUGGAUUCCUCAUGACCAUAUAUAAUAGGACCACCAGGGAGGUGCACUCACUGAAUGCCAGAGAAACUGCACCUGAAGCUGCCACUGAAGAUAUGUUCCAUGGAGAUCCGAAUUUGUCGUUGAAUGGUGGUCUAUCUGUGGCGAUACCAGGAGAGCUAGCAGGUUAUUGGAGUGCAUACCAAAAAUAUGGAGGAGGGGUAGCUUGGAAGGAACUGGUACAACCGUCUAUAGACUUAUGCAAGCAAGGAAUUUAUGUUACCAAAUAUAUGGCCAAAGUACUGAAAGAUAUCGAAGACGAUUUGUACGCUGAUCCAGUAUUGAGGCAAGACUUCCUUGAUCCCUCUACUAAUGAAACAUACCUCGAAGGCGACUAUUUUACCAGACCAACAUUAGCUAAAACCUUGGAAAUUAUAUCUGAAGAAGGUGGAUAUGCUAUUAAUAAUGGCUCACUUACUGCAAAUUUGGUAAAAGAUAUCAGGGACAAUAAUGGUAUUAUAACUGUUGAAGAUAUGAGAAAUUACAGGCCGGUUUGGCAAACUUCAAUUCGAGCAACUCUAGCUGGAAACAACACACUUUAUUCGGCUCCACUACCAGGAUCUGGUAUUAUCCUAGCUUUCAUUCUGAACAUACUAGACGGUAUCCUGGACACAACGAACCAUUUCAGCAUUACCAAUUAUCAGAGGAUUAUAGAAAGUUUUAAAUUUGCGUAUGCUAAGAGAACAGAACUUGGAGAUGUAAAUGAUUCACUAGAAAUCAACCAGCUGAUCGCUAAUUUGACUUCGAGAGCUUAUGCUGAAGGAAUCAGGAGCAGAAUAUCCGAUAACAGCACUUCGCAAGAUGGAUCCUACUACGGUGCCACAAAAUCACUAACAGAAGACCAUGGUACCGCACAUAUUUCUGUUCUUGCCCCUAAUGGAGAUGCUGUCUCGGUAACAAGUACAAUCAAUUAUAUUUUUGGUGCGAAAUUCGCAUCUAAUAGCACCGGCAUCAUUUUGAAUGACCAGAUGGACGACUUCUCCUCCCCAAAUAUAACUAAUGUAUAUGGAGUACCUCCCUCACCUUCCAACUACAUAAGGCCUGGCAGGAGACCGAUGUCCUCCAUGACCCCUUCGAUUGUCGUCGACGGAAAUGGUGAUGUUUUGAUGGUGAUAAUAAAACAUCUUUGGUUUGGAAUCAACUUGAAAGAGUCAUCAGAAUCGAAACGGUUUCACCAUCAACUGUUCCCUAUGAAGGUGGAUCUUGAAGACGAAUUCAGGACACAGGACACAUAUGUAGCUGAAGGCUUGGCUGCAAUUGGUCACAAUGUUUCGUUCUCACCAAGUGGAAGUGGUUUUGCAGCUGUCACGUGUAUUUCUACCAAUAAAGGCCAAUCAAUCGUUGGCUAUGCUGAUAAAAGAAGAACAGGAUCUGCCACAUAUUUCAAUUGAAAUUUCACAAUUCGUUAUCGAUGAUGGACAAAAUAUUUUUGUGAUAGUUGAACAAGAUUGGUGAUCUGAUCUGAAAGAGAAAGAUAUUGACUUGAUUGGUCAUUUCAAGAAUGAAUGCUAAUAUCAAGAAAUGUUUUAUUCAUUUCAUUGAUUUUUGCAAUCAGUAGAGGUUUCUGAGAUGUGUGAUUGUUUCAAAUUUUAUAUUCGAAAUUAUGAAUAGAAUACUAAUUUGAAAAUUGAGAUAACAUACAACUUUCAAGCAACUCGAACCUGGAAUGAAAUAGUUUGAUGCUGAUUGAAGUCAUCUUAACAACAAUUCGGUGAGUGUCAGAUUUCGAACACAUAGAUGUGCUCAUCAUCAGUCGAAACUUCAAAGAAUUGUCCGAUGAAGAUAGACUUAAUGAUGAAACGGACUCAGGGCAAAAAAUGGUUUCUUCAUAAACAAGUGAUAGAUAUUUCGCGUUCAGGAGCAUGUACAAUUUUGAAUUGUUUCACUAUACUUGUCUGGCAAGAAUAAUUAUUCACCUAUUACUGAUAAGCGUCAUUGCCCAACCCACUUGAGUAUGACACACGUGUGGCAAAAAAUAAUACCUUCGGUCGGGACGAGAAAUGCCCAUGCACACAGUUUGUCUAUAGGGAAAAUUAUUCUUGACAGACGUGUAACAUAUGUAUACAGAAUGUUCCACAGGUAAAGGGAAAUAUUUCAAUGGUAAAUAGGUGUCGCCAAGGCGAUUCUGAGAAUACCAUGUUUGAUAAGUCUUACAGUCUUUAUAACGGAGAUGAAGGGUGAUUCAUCGAUAUCGAAUAAUUAUUCAUUGGUCCAUAAGUAUCAAACUACCCAGUAUAUUUUCCUUAGAUUUGGUAUGGAGUUUCAACUUGGGAUGUUUAAUUCAUUCAUUGACCUAUCGGGCAGAAUGGGAAUCUAGGUUGAAAUAUAAAAAAUACAUUCUGUAUUUGAUAAUUAACAAAUUAUCAAAAGAAUCGUGAAGAGGAGAGCAAACUAAAUUGGAUUCGAUACUUUUUUUCCGCCACCAAUUCUCAUCGUAACACUGAUAAACAGUGAAUUGAAAAUACUGUCUGUAGGUUAAUCGAGGAGGUGGUACAUUCAUUUCACUUGAUUUUUUGGGAUUUUCUCUACUCGUUUCUAUAAAAGGAAAGUAUGCGUAUAUAUUAUUUCAAUAUAUAUUCGUAGUGGAACAAAUCAGAUGAUUUGCCCCAAAAUGUCACUGCGUUUAACAAAUUUUUCUAUCAGGGAGCCUAAAAGAAAAACCCAGUAGCUUGUCAGUAAGUUAGUAACACUUUCUCAGAAAUUUUCCCGCUUGUGUAUAUUUGUUAUUUAUAGUUUUGUAAAGUAUUUUUAAUAUCAUCCUGGUGUCCAGGAGGAGAUACUAUUAGAAUUUAUUAAAUAUGUUGAAU